AUGUUUCGCAGGUUUGUCUCUACAGUAUCUGUGGAAUAUGUCAACUCUCCCGCGUUUAGAUUGCCUCAGGGCUCGAUGCUGGUAAGCGGCAUUCAGCCAACGGGGGCGUUCCAUCUCGGGAAUUAUCUCGGGGCUACAAAGACCUGGCACACGAUAGCACAAAAGCUGGACUCUUCCUCCCAGAUGAUUCUCUUCAUUGCCGAUUUGCACUCCCUGACUGUGCCCCAGAACUACUCUCUUUUGAAGAGGCAAAGAUUCGAGGCUUAUGCGUCCCUGUUGGCGUGCGGCCUAGAUCCUGCGAAAGUUACAAUAUAUCAUCAGGCUGCCGUGCCCGAACACACCCAGCUGCAAUGGGCAUUGACCUGUUUUGCUGGUAUGGGGCUUCUCAACCGGAUGACACAAUGGAAAGCCAAGGCAGAUUUGAAAGGCGAUGCCCAGAUACAGAAUGAACUGGGAGCCGUCAAACUCGGCCUAUUUGCAUACCCGGUGCUGAUGGCCGCGGAUGUGCUGCUAUUCAAUGCUACACAUGUUCCUGUAGGCCAGGAUCAGGCGCAGCACCUGGAGCUCACGAGAGAUCUUGUGUCUGCGUUCAACAAACAGACCAAGACGAAGUUUUUCAACCUUCCAAAAACCCUGAUGGCACCUUCCAACAAGAUUUUGAAUCUGAGAGAUCCGUCUAAAAAAAUGUCUAAGUCCGACCCCGACGAGCUGACAAAGAUAACCAUCACAGAGGACCCGAAAUCCAUGAGACUGAAAAUCAUGAAGGCGACUACAGAUUCCAUAGAUGGACCUUUGACAUUCGACCCGGAGCAAAGACCAGGAAUCUCUAAUCUAAUUACCAUCUACUCGGCUAUUGCGAAUCAAACGAUAGAGGAGACCGUGCCUCGGAUCAAAGAUCUUUCCAAACGAGAGUUGAAAGAGCUUGUGGCCGACGCAGUGGUGAGAGAGCUGCAAGAGCCUAAUAGGAUCUACAAAGAGCUGAUAGCCUCACCAGAGCUGCUCCACAAACUGAGUUUGGAAGGUGCCGAAAAAGCACGAGCGGUGGCCAGCAAGAAUUUGAAACAGGUGUAUGAAAUCCUUGGCUUGGAUAUGGAGAAAUGA